CGCCUUGCACUCUCGUCUCGGAUAGGGGAGGGUUACCACAGAAGGACUCGCCAGUUCUCACAGUCGGGAUACUUCAGAUCAUUCCAUUGUUUUGGUUUUGCUUAACUCAACACAAAGAGGUACCAUAUCAUAUAUCUACCUAGUUUUCAUAAAUUGCUCUGUACCCAUUUAUUUAUAUAUUGUUUGCUAUUUAUCCCAGUUUAGCAAGUGCAGAAAUGUCAAACACCGGUCCAUCUAGUAUCUUGUCCUACGAGACGCUCGUUCAUGCGGUAGCGGGGGCAGUGGGAGGCGUGACAGCAAUGAGCGUCUUCUUUCCUUUGGACACAGCCAGGCUUCGACUACAGGUUGAUGAAAAUCGAAAAUCGAAAUCAACCCCAGUCAUCCUGGCUGAGAUAGCAAAGGAGGAAGGCGUACUGUCUCUAUACAGGGGAUGGUUCCCAGUCAUCUCCAGUCUCUGCUGCUCCAACUUUGUCUACUUCUACACCUUCAACACUCUGAAGAAGCUGGCCAGUGCAGGCCCGGGGAGGCCAAGGCCAGCUACAGACCUGCUCAUGGGCGUUGUGUCAGGGGCAGUUAAUGUGAUCCUGACCACACCCAUGUGGGUGGUCAAUACGCGGCUGAAGCUACAGGGGGCGAAGUUCAGAAACGAGGACCUCCGGCAGACACACUACAAAGGAAUCUUCGAUGCCUUCUACCGAAUCGUAUCAGAAGAGGGCGUGGCCACCCUGUGGAACAGCAUGCUGCCAUCCCUCAUCCUGGUCUUCAACCCAGCUGUGCAGUUCAUGUUCUAUGAGGCCAUGAAGAGGAAGGCGGGCAAAGGGGGACGGGCGAUAACAUCGGCAGAAAUCUUUGUGAUUGGGGCCGUUGCCAAGGCUGUUGCUACCACGGGAACCUAUCCUCUGCAGACAGUGCAGGCCAUUCUCAGGUUUGGCCAGUAUAAGGGCGAUGGUAAGGGAGGAGCAUUUGCAAGUCUGCGAAGCAUAGUGGCUCUGCUGAUGGAUAGAAUGAAGAAACAUGGUUUCCUUGGCCUGUACAAAGGCCUGGAGGCCAAGCUGCUGCAGACGGUGCUAACGGCAGCCCUCAUGUUUGUGGUGUACGAGAAGAUCACCACAGCCACGUUUAAAGUGAUGCGCAUCAACAAGGCCAUGAAGCACUGAUGACCAUUACCCCUCUAUCCGCUUAAAUUGCUUCCCUGGGAUGUGCUUGCCAGUGGCGUAAAUAUCGACGGUGCAACCGGUGCACUGCACCGGGGCCCAGACGCCUUGAGGGACCCAUGGAGGAAGAAAAAAAAUAAUAAUCGCCUAGGACGGCAAAUGUCUAGGGGCCACCCUCUGGUGGCACCCACAAUUAAUUAACUAAAUUAUACGAUUACACCGUAGUAAGCAUUUUUAUUAAUGAAAUCUGUUGUGGUGAUGAGUUUGGGGUUGGAGAGCUGAUACAGUCUGCAGAUUAUCAUUCUUUAUCCAUAGCCAAUGAGAAAUGAGCUCUUGGGGUUGGCUUUUAAUAAAAUAGUCCCUUUUGUCUUGGGAUUAUUUUUUUACUAAUGUCAAUAUACUUUUAUUUAUUUAUUUA